GUCCAAAACUACUGGUGUCCUUCUGCUUUCCAUUUCUUAGCAGAACGACUCAGAUGAAGGGCCUUCCUUUCAUCUUAUUUUUCUCUCUUUUCCAUGUCUUAGUGUUCAGUUUAUGCAGUGCAGUUGAUACUAUAUCUCCAACACAAUCCAUCACCCGCUCCAAUACCUUGGUUUCUUCCGGUGGAAGAUUUGAAUUAGGACUCUUCCCCUCCGGAAACUCUAAAGCAUGGUAUUUUGGAAUUCGGUACACCAAGUUUUCGAAUAUAACCGUAUGGGUCGCCAACAGAGAAAACCCAAUUCCAGGUUCAGAUGGAGCCCUGACAUUAACCGAAAAUGGUACUUUGGUCCUUUUAGACCAGAUGAACAACACUGUAUGGUAUUCUAAUUUUUCCACAGUAGUUGAAGAUCCUGUUGCACAGCUUUUGGAGACUGGAAAUUUUGUUGUCAGAGACAAGGCUACAGCGGGUUCGGAAAGUUAUGUAUGGCAGAGUUUUGAUUUCCCAUCGGAUACAUUGUUAGCGGGGAUGAAGCUUGGAUGGGAUUUCAGAACCGGGCUCAACAAGUUCUUGACUUCUUGGAAAAAUGCUAGUGAUCCAUCUCUUGGUGAGUAUACCUAUAGGAUUGUUAAUCUUGCUUUGCCUCAGCUUGUUCUUGCUAAGGGAUCGGAGAAAGAGUUUCGAAGUGGGCCCUGGAAUGGUCUUCGGUUUACUGGUGUUCCUGUUUCGAACAAUGAAAUUAUAACACCAAGUUAUGUGUAUGAUACAAAUGAGUUGUAUUACACGUAUGAGACUAAUGACAAUUCUCAUAUUACAAGAUUGCAGCUGACUGAAGGGGGCGACAUGAAGCGGUUAGUGCUGAAUGAAGGAAGCACUGAAUGGAACGAUAUGUAUAAUUUGCUGAAUGAUCGAUGUGAUAGUUACGGGGAGUGUGGCGCAAAUGGCAUUUGCAGAAUUAACAACUCACCCAUUUGUGACUGCUUGGAGGGGUUUAUUCCGAAAUCCCAGCAAGAGUGGGAGGUGCUUAAUACGACAAGUGGGUGCACGAGGAAGAUACAACUGGAUUGCCAGAAGGGAGAAGGGUUUCGGAAAAUUCAAAAUGUAAAACUGCCAGACCUGUUGGAUUUUUGGGUCAACAAGAACCUGAACAAGAAGGAAUGCAGGGCAGAGUGCUUGAAAAAUUGUUCUUGUAUUGCUUAUGCUUAUUCAGACUACAGUCUUGGAGGCACCGGCUGUCUGAUGUGGUUUAAAGACCUCAUUGAUAUCCGAGAGUUUGUUGAUGAAAGUGAGCAACAUAUUUAUAUUAGGAUGCCAGCAUCAGAACUAGGUCAUGCCGGUCAGAAGGAGAAAAGAAUAGUGCUCAUAGCGGUCAUCUCAGCAGCUUGUGUUCUAAUUUUGCUGGGAGUGUCAUGUUGGCUUAUAAUUUGGAAGAAGAAAGGAAAGAAGAGGGGUUCAAGAUCGAAUAAGGAAGACAUGGAGUUGCCACUGUUUGAUUUUCAUACAAUUGCAGCAGGCACCAAUAACUUCUCAAGGACAAACAUACUUGGGGAGGGAGGUUUUGGUCCAGUUUACAAGGCCAACCUAGCACAAGAACAACUAGUAGCAGUAAAAAGACUCUCAAAAGAUUCCGGGCAAGGUAUUGAUGAGUUUAAGAAUGAAGUUACGAUGAUAGCCCACCUUCAACACAGGAAUCUUGUUAAACUUUUGGGCUGCUGCAUUGAAGGACAAGAGAGGAUGCUAAUCUAUGAGUAUAUGCCUAAUAAAAGCUUGGACUGCUUUAUUUUCGAUGAAAAUAGAAAGAAAUCGCUUGAUUGGCAAAAACGAGUCAACAUUAUAAUUGGAACUGCACGAGGACUUCUCUACCUCCACCAAGACUCCAGAUUGAGAAUCAUUCAUAGGGACCUCAAGAGUAGCAACAUUUUACUCGACAAUGAGCUGAACCCCAAAAUAUCUGACUUCGGCAUAGCAAGAAUUUUUGGACUUGAUCAGACUGAAGCAAAGACAAAACGAGUGAUUGGCACGUAUGGGUAUAUGUCUCCCGAGUACGCAAUUGAUGGGCACUUUUCAGUGAAAUCCGAUGUCUUUAGUUUUGGAGUGCUUUUGCUAGAGAUAGUAAGUGGCAGAAAGAACAGAGGGUUUCAUCAUCCAGAUCACCAUCACAGUCUUCUGGGACAUGCCUGGCUACUAUGGAACAAAGAAAAGGUUUUGGAACUAUUAGAUCCAUGCUUGGAGGACUCAUAUGUUGAGUUUGAGGUACUAAGAUGUAUACAAGUUGGUCUAUUAUGCGUGCAAAAGCGGCCCAUCGACAGACCAGUAAUGUCAUCAGUGGUGUUCAUGUUAAGCAACGAGGGAGCAAUGUUGCCUGAACCGAAGGAGCCUGGUUUCUUCACAGAACGAAGUUCCAUGGAUGGUGAUACCUUCAUUAGUGAAGGAAGAAGCAAAACAGGAAACAUGAUUACCAUUACCACGAUGGAAGCUCGAUGAUUGAGGUCUGGACCCUGAGUUGGAUGUAUGUUUUGAUGAUUUAGAUAUAAACUAUGUAAUUUAUUGCAAUCAUGUACAUUUAGUGGCUCUAGAAUUUUUGCGAGACUAACCCAAGUUUCAAUAAUGGGAGUACUCUAGAAGAAGAUGAGAAGUCAAUAGGUGCUUAA